GGGGAAGGAAGGACUCCAAACCUCAGCGCCCUGCGGCUGACGGGAGGCUAGGGAAACUUUCCUGGGCAGCGGGGUAGGGCUACCGUUGUUCUAGCGCCCGCGGCUCGGCUGAGCGUCACCUCUGACGUGCGGGCGGGCACGCGCACACCCGCACCCUCGCAGCCACGGGCGCCGGGGAUCCCCGCGGGGGACGGCCGAGAGCACGGGGGUGCGCGGCACCGGCUCUGUGUGCGCGCGUGCACGGGGGGGGGUGCGCGUGCCCGCGCGCCCAGGUGCCGGCGGUGCGGUCGGUCGGCCGGCGGUUGCUGCCGGGGGUGACGGCUGCCUGGGAGAGAUCCCGCCACCCCAUUUGUGCGUUGCUCGUACGUCUUUCCUCUGCGCUCUCCUUCGUUUCCACCCCCCUCCUUCCAAAUCUCCCUGGGAAUUCCGUAUCUUGUAGCUUUGCCGUUUUUUUUUUUUUUCUCCUCCCCCUUCUCUCUCGUUCCUGCUGAGGAUACGUUUCGCUUGCCAAGUUUGUAGUGACACCUCUCAGAUUCCCGCGCUCCUCCCUUUUUUUCGGAUCUAUUACAGCGCCCGUUUAUACAUAGACAUACUGGAGUUUUUUGGUUUGGUUCUUUCCCCCCCCCCCCCCCCCUCCAGGAAAAUUGGAAUUCUUUGGGAAGCUAAUGGAUACUGAGGAGGACGAUGCUAAAAAUCUUCUUUUGAAUCUGUAAAGGAGGUGUACGAAGAAAUUCUUAAAUUCAGACAUCAAUUUAGCUUCAUAUUAAGCACCUCGAAGUAUUUAUGAUUGCAGAGCAGGUGCAAACGAGGAUUAGUGAUAAGGAUAUAGACCUGCGGCUAACUGGAUUUGAUUUAUAAGAGGGGAUUCUGCAGUAAAUGGCUGCUCUCUUCAUAUUGCUGCUAUGGAAAACAGAAUUGUCAAUAGGAUGUAGUCUGAUAAAUAGUGCUGAGUGAAGAUGCAGCUUCAAUAAGUGUGAAAUCAAUGGAAGAUACUUACCGCAUGAAAAGCCUUUUGAGAUUUUUCUGACAGGCGCCUAUUUAGGAAACUUGAUCUGUUUCCUUCGGUUGCCCUGUUUUUACACCAGUGGAUACAAAUCAGAUUGCUUCACUGUAGUCACACAACUAAUGAGGGACCAUGGCCUUUCCAAGAUCCAUGUGGCUGAACUGUGUAUGGAGAGCGAUGAUACUCCGCCUGUUACACAUGGGAUUGAAUGCCACUUUUGCUUCUUGUAUACUUGGAUUUUUGCUUCACGCUGCAGCUGUGUCCUCCCAAAAAUUGGAUGAUACCAACCCAGUGGUGACCACCAACUUUGGCAAGAUAAGAGGGAUUAAGAAGGAACUUAAUAAUGAAAUUUUGGGGCCUGUUAUUCAGUUUCUUGGGGUUCCGUAUGCUGCCCCUCCAACAGGGGAGCGCCGCUUUCAACCUCCUGAGUCUCCAUCUCCCUGGGCAGAUAUCAGAAAUACCACUCAGUUUGCUCCAGUGUGCCCCCAGAACAUUAUAGAAGGCAGGUUGCCUGAAGUCAUGCUUCCCGUGUGGUUUACUAAUAAUUUGGAUGUAGUUUCCACCUAUGUACAAGAUCAGAAUGAAGACUGCCUCUAUUUAAAUAUCUAUGUCCCAACUGAGGAUGUCAAAAGAAUAUCCAAGGAAUGUGCCAGAAAACCCGGCAAGAAAAUUUGUAGAAAAGGAGGUCCCCUUACAAAGAAACAGACAGAUGAUUUAGGUGAUAAUGACGGUGCUGAAGAUGAAGACAUUCGGGACAGUGGGGGACCUAAACCUGUGAUGGUAUACAUUCACGGAGGGUCCUAUAUGGAAGGCACUGGAAACUUAUAUGAUGGCAGUGUUCUAGCAAGUUAUGGGAAUGUGAUAGUCAUCACAGUCAACUAUCGCCUUGGGGUACUUGGAUUUUUGAGCACUGGGGACCAAGCAGCAAAAGGAAAUUAUGGCCUCCUUGAUCUAAUACAAGCUUUGCGAUGGACUAGUGAAAAUAUUGGGUUCUUUGGUGGAGACCCAUUAAGAAUAACUGUUUUUGGAUCUGGUGCUGGCGGUUCAUGCGUCAAUCUGUUGACAUUAUCCCAUUAUUCUGAAGGUAACCGUUGGAGCAAUUCAACCAAAGGACUGUUUCAAAGAGCAAUAGCUCAAAGUGGAACAGCUCUCUCCAGCUGGGCAGUUAGUUUUCAGCCUGCAAAAUAUGCCAGGAUGUUGGCUACAAAAGUUGGUUGCAACAUGUCAGACACUGUAGAAUUGGUAGAAUGUCUGCAGAAGAAGCCUUACAGAGAACUUGUCGACCAGGACAUUCAACCAGCAAGAUACCAUAUAGCCUUUGGACCAGUAAUUGAUGGCGAUGUGAUACCAGACGAUCCUCAGAUAUUGAUGGAACAAGGAGAAUUCCUCAAUUAUGACAUCAUGUUGGGAGUUAACCAAGGAGAAGGGUUAAAAUUUGUUGAAAAUAUUGUGGAUAGUGAAGAUGGCAUAUCGGCUAGUGAUUUUGACUUUGCUGUUUCUAAUUUUGUUGAUAACUUAUACGGAUACCCUGAAGGCAAAGAUAUAUUGAGAGAAACCAUUAAAUUUAUGUACACAGACUGGGCAGAUCGACACAAUCCUGAGACCAGAAGGAAAACACUACUGGCUUUGUUUACUGAUCACCAGUGGGUUGCACCAGCAGUGGCUACAGCAGAUCUUCACUCAAAUUUUGGAUCGCCUACAUAUUUCUAUGCCUUCUACCAUCACUGCCAGACAGAUCAGGUACCUGCAUGGGCAGAUGCAGCCCAUGGAGAUGAGGUUCCUUAUGUACUAGGAAUCCCCAUGAUUGGUCCUACGGAAUUAUUUCCUUGUAAUUUCUCCAAAAAUGAUGUCAUGCUAAGCGCAGUGGUGAUGACAUACUGGACAAACUUUGCAAAAACUGGUGACCCAAAUCAACCAGUGCCGCAAGAUACAAAAUUCAUCCAUACAAAACCAAAUCGUUUUGAAGAAGUAGCAUGGACCAGAUAUUCUCAGAAAGACCAACUAUAUCUUCACAUUGGAUUAAAACCAAGAGUUAAAGAACAUUAUAGGGCCAACAAAGUGAACCUUUGGUUGGAACUGGUACCUCAUCUGCACAAUCUUAACGACAUUUCACAGUAUACCUCUACCACAACUAAAGUGCCAUCAACUGAUAAUACUUUCAGACCAACAAGGAAAAAUUCUGUUUCUGUUACUUCAGCCUUUCCUACAGCCAAACAAGAUGAUCCCAAACAACAACCAAGCCCAUUUUCAGUGGAUCAAAGGGACUAUUCAACAGAAUUGAGUGUUACUAUUGCAGUUGGUGCGUCUUUGCUGUUCCUGAACAUUUUGGCCUUUGCAGCAUUGUACUACAAAAAAGACAAGCGGAGACAUGAUGUUCAUAGGCGAUGUAGCCCACAACGUUCUACUACCAAUGAUCUUACCCAUGCACAAGAAGAGGAGAUAAUGUCCCUCCAAAUGAAGCACACUGACUUGGAUCAUGAAUGUGAGUCCAUCCAUCCACAUGAGGUGGUUCUUAGGACCGCCUGUCCCCCAGACUACACGCUAGCUAUGAGAAGGUCUCCUGAUGAUAUUCCCUUAAUGACACCUAAUACCAUCACAAUGAUCCCCAACACUAUACCAGGGAUUCAACCCCUACACACAUUCAAUACAUUUACUGGAGGACAGAACAAUACUCUGCCCCAUCCUCAUCCCCACCCCCAUUCACACUCAACAACCAGGGUAUAGCCAGACAAGACGAAACAAACUUUAUUUUUUGAUGGAUUACAGUAGGUGAUGUAACUGAAGAUUACUUGGCUUUCAACCUACAAGACUCUUACUAUUUAAAUAUGGAGGAAUAAUAUGUGAAUAUACAUAUCAAGAACUUUUGGGGUUUUGAAAAAGUGAAUUGUACAUAUAACAAAUGAACUUAAGAAACAAACAAAACAAAAUAACAAAAAAAACCCAAACAACUGUUUGCAAUUGCUUGAAGCAGUUGUCCUGAAUGAUAUUUUCAUUCACAUUCAAGUAUUAAUUUUUUGAAGAUUUAAGUUACAUAAUGGAAUUAGGCAUGUGCAACACAAACAGGAAAGAACUAUGACUGAAAAUUUUAAAAAUCUAUAAAUAUGCACAAGGGACACACUAAUGGAAUGUCAGAUAAUUUUCACCAAUUUUUAUUUGGACCUGUUUUCUUGUGUAGACCAUAUUUACAUAUUUGAAUAAGUACACAAAGCACCAAUGCUGUUAAGGCCUUAGAAAGGGGCUCAUGCUGAAAUCUGCCAGUCUUAGAAGUUUUAUCACAUAAGUGCUGUCAGUAUAAAAGUUGUGGGAAUAAAGGAAACUGGAUAUUUUUAGCACGAUGUGCAUGAUAAUUUAUAUGCUUGGUGGCUGUGCUGCUGAUUAAGCCGUAAUUAAAAUUCUUCUCAUCCCAUUGGAGUUUUUAAUAGAAGCUUUCUCCAUCAAUUGGAACAACCUAAAGAAGUUUUUUAAAGGGGCAAAAGUAAUUACAGCAAAAUAUUUCAUGGUAGCUUCAGAAAUAGAAGGAAUUGCAACAGUUCUUGAAGGUAUAUAUGGCAUUUUAGGUAUACAAUGGUGAACCCUCACUGAUACGAAUCCCAGACAAAAAAAAUCUCUAUUAUUCAUGUUCUUUUUCCUUUCCACCUAAAUAAUUCCUAACUUUAACAUAACUACAACUUUCAUGGAAUAUCCUUUGAUAAGGAUUUAUGAUUUGCUGUGAUUUAAUUACAAUAUAUUUAGUUCAAAUUGGUAAACUAAAGUGUGUCCAAAAAUUUAAUUGCAAUGAUAAUUUGCAAUACAGAAAUGCCCCAAUAUUAUCACUUUGAUUACACCUUUCAGGUUAUUGUUUAAACUCAUGUUGCAUGUUAAAAAGUUUACUUGCAAUACUUCAAUUGCUAUACAUUAGCUUCACCGUUCAAAUGAAUUCUCUAGACCAGAUGGCAACAGUGUAGAAAAAGAGGAUAUGUAAGAAUGGGGAGAGAGCCAACAACUUGAAAUUUUAAAAUCUGAAUACUACAUAUGUUUGUGUGAUUUGAAAUGAAUGUUCUAAAAUCGCAAGAAAUUUUUCAUUCCCCUGUUGCUUUCCAGUAAUUAUAUAUCAUGGUCCUUUCAAAAUGUUUGUAUAUGUAAUCAGAUGUACAUUUAUAUAAAAGAAAUAAUUGAGAUGGACUUAAGAGCACAUCCCUGAUAAAUACUUUCUCUCUUAUCUGUACUAUAUUUCUAUUAGACUAAAGUUAUGUGAUUUUUUUUUACAUUUUUUCAAAUUACUAGCAAUUUUGAUAGUUUGUAAGAUAAUGCGAAGAACUUUCUCUGACAAACUAACUGCAGUAACAGAAACAUUUCUUUUCAGUUACUCUUUUUCAAGAACGAAAGCUUAUUACACACGAAAAUUGUAUACUACUUGAUGGAAAAUUACUUUGUACUUCUUGGCCAUAUUACUGGUCGCUGAGUGAAAUAAAGAUAAUCUGGAUAACGAAUAUUAUUCCAAUGCUAAGAGACCUGAUCUUUGCUCAUUAAAGAGCUAAAAUGUUUAUUGCUGUUUUGUCAUUUUUUAAUGAAGUAAUGGUAACUGUCUCAAAUAAAGAGUAAUAUCUUAAGACCAGUCUGGUUUUUGAAGACAUAAACAUGCCUCUACAACUAAUACAACUGCAUAUUUAUGGGCUAGUCCCACCUAUGAUCAUUUCUUACAGAAAUACUGAUAUUGUGACUGUAUGAUGUAAUAGUAUUACACACAAGUCUCCCCUAGUUCUCUGGAAUAAGUUAAAAACACAAGUAUCAACACGAAAAAUAAUCCAAGGAACAGGCCUAAUUGAAAUAAAUCUGCAGUAUUCCAUGAUGGACAAAAAAAUCAGCUGGGUUUUAUUUGGGUGACUGAAAUUUCAUAAACAAUUGCUAGGAGGUUCAAAGCAUGUUUGCUAACUCCAAACACAGACAUUAAAAUUGAACCUGAAAGCAAAAUAAAGUACUACAAUUUCAGUCAUUUCAAUUAGCUAUUAAAAAAAGACCAAACCAAAACAAAGAAUCAAUGUAUUUCAUUAGUGCUUACUACAGUUCCCAGUUUUAAAUUAAGGUCUUUUGGUAGAAGCAUAAAAAAUAGUCUUCAAAAUCCAGGAUGGUCUGUGUGCAAUUUCUGCCUGAUGUGGUUGUGCUUUUAGACUGUGACCUGCCAAUGUAAACCAAUAAAAAGAAUUGUCUGCCAUCUGAUAA